CGAAAGUGUACACACUACACAACUUCGGCAAUAGAGAACAAAUCUCGAUGAUGAUUUUUGCUGCACGAUUGCACAAUCGUGAGAUUUUCCGCGCACAGUUGAAAAGAAAGACAUCGCAGAUAAGCAAAAUGCGAAUAAGCGAAGAUAUCUCAUAGAAAUAUUCGAGCGGCUCUCCAAGUUCGGAGUUCACAAGUCUCGUUCCUGCCAAUGCAUCCUGCAUCCUCCGCGUUAGAAAAACGCGCGUACCGGCCGACAGUUCGGCCUUUUCUACCGCUCGUUGCUCGUUGCGGCCAAAUUAUGCGACCGAAUUGUCGAUUGUUAUUUAUACAGCAACGAGCCGAUACUUUUGAUUGUCGUCGUCCUGUGGAAGGGAACACAGGCGCCCGGCGGCGCGGGUGAGUGGCCGAUACACGUCGAAAGUUAACGUCAACGCGGCAUACAUUAGCCAGAUGACGUCAUAGCAAUCGGGAAACUCGUGAAACGCGCCCUGCUCGACUGGGCGUGUUUACUCCGACGCGGUCGAGAGCUAGCGCGCGUUCGACGUAGGUGAGCGUGCAGGAGAUUAGUUCUGUCUUUUAGGAUCGAGAUCCUACGUGAUCCGUAAUAAACAGUGGCAACACAUGACGCAGAUCUUCGUCGAUUGAUAUCCGAGAGAAAAGGGGAAGGAAAGAGAAGCGAGGAGGAAAGUUGAGCGGAAGGAAGCCAAAGGCAAGCGUGGUACAUGCCGAAGUUAACCAAGUGCUUAUGAAGGUACUCAUCGAGUGCCUCGAGCAGCGAUAACACGCAGUAGGAUCAAACGGCGGGCUCGUUUCGACCGUAAGAGUACACGUGUUCUCCUCGAAGAUGGCUAUCACUCGUCAUAAGACGCCUGUUUUUCUUUGUUGCCUCUUGAUGGGCGUUGUCGUGGUCGGCCAGUAUGAGUGGCAAACCCGUGACGCCUUCGACGAGAUCCGUAUGAAAAUGGAUAAAGUGACUGAGGAUAACUGCCAGAUACAGCACAUCGGGGAUCUGUAUCUGCCGGAGAACACGGUGUCGCACUUGCCCGAAAUCAAGGACAUCGAUGUCAAUCCUGUGUUUCCGAAUCGCACUGCCCUGCUGCACCUCCAGAAUAUGGCCCUCAGCAGAUCCUUCUUCUGGAGUUACAUCCUGCAGUCGCGCUUCAUCAGACCCGCGAUCAACGACACUUACGAUCCUGGCAUGAUGUACUAUUUCCUAUCUACAGUAGCUGACGUCUCUGCCAAUCCUUACAUCAACGCCUCAGCCAUCUAUUUUUCACCCAAUAUGUCCUACUCACCGUCCUACAGAGGCUUCUUCAACAAAACCAUGCCUAAAUUUGCACCGCGUACCUUUAGGGCAGAUGACUUCAACGAUCCUAUACAUCUGGAAAGAAUAUCUACCAGGAAUACAUUUACUGUACAGGAUCUUGGCGCGUUUCCUGCUACUAGAUUCAGCAGUGAUUAUAGUAGUGAUUUUUAUCGCAUAAAUGAAUGGUACAAAAAAUGGCUGCCUGAUAAUGUCGCAAAUAGACAUGAUACUAAAACAACUUAUCAGGUUGAAAUUCGAUAUGCCAACAAUACGAAUGAAACAUUCACCUUCCAUGGACCACGCGGUGCUGAUGAAAAUCCUGGGCCUGUGAAAUGGACUAGACCUUACUUCGACUGUGGUCGAUCCAAUCGUUGGAUAGUUGCUGCAGUAGUGCCUAUAGCAGACAUCUACCCACGGCACACAGGCUUCAGACAUAUUGAAUACCCAACGUACACUGCUAUCUCAGUGUUGGAAAUGGACUUUGACAGGAUAGAUAUAAAUCAGUGUCCCAAGGGUAGAGGAAACAGCGGUCCCAAUAGAUUUGCCAAUACUGCAAGAUGCAAGAAGGAAACUACAGAGUGCGAACCAAUACACGGCUGGGGCUUCAGAAGAGGAGGAUAUCAAUGCAGAUGUAAACCCGGUUACAGACUGCCAACUGUCGUACGACGACCGUUCCUUGGAGAGAUAGUGGAGAGAGCUACGCAAGAACAAUACUAUAAUGGUUUCGAUUGCUCGCGCAUCGGCUGGAUUCAUAAGAUGCCGGUACAAUGGGAUAAAGCGGAGCCUUAUGUCAGAGAAAAGUAUCUCGAGCAGUAUCCUCACUACAGGAAUUAUUCGACCGGUCUGGCCGCGUUGCACGACAAAAAGAUCAAUAUCAAACAAGCCAUCGAUUUUAUUCUACACAUGGACGAACACCGCUGCAAGAAGUACGCGCCGCAGGACUUGGAGUUACGCGGCGACAUUAGCUUCGGCGCGGAGGAGUUCUUCGAAAAUGAGGCCAAGAUGGCGACGAGAUUAGCGAACUUCAUCAGCGCGUUCCUGCAAGUGUCCGAUCCUCUGGAGGUUUACUCCGGCAAGAGGCUGGCCGAUAAGCCGCUCACGGAAGAUCAAAUGUUCGGGGAGACAUUGGCUCUGGUUAUGGGCGACACGAAGAUAUGGUCAGCCGGGACUUUCUGGGACCGCAACAAAUUUACCAACCGAACGUUCUUCGCUCCCUACGCCUACAAAAAGGAACUAAACACGCGCAAAUUUAAACUCGAGGACUUGGCGAGACUCAACAAUACAGACGAGGUGUACACGAAGAAGGAUUACUUCCAGACACUGAAGCAGCGUUGGGCGACGAACUUCGACCAGUUGGAGAAGUAUUACAUGAAGAUCAAGAUCCGAUACAACGAGACCGGGGAAUAUAUGAAAAAGUUCGAGCACUAUCCGAAUUUCUACAGGGCAGCAAACCUGGACCAUGGACACUGGACAACUCCGUACUUCGAUUGUAACGGCGAGUUGAAGAAGUGGGUAAUUACCUAUGCAUCCCCGUUUUUCGGCUGGGACAGCUUGAAGGAGAAACUGGAAUUCAAGGGUGUCGUAGCUGUUACCAUGAACUUGCUCCAGGUAGACAUAAACCAAUGUGAUGAUAAAUUUUACCGACCAAACGCAUUCAAGGGUACGCACAAGUGCGACAAAAAGACGUCAUAUUGUGUACCUAUUCUUGGAAGAGGAUUCGACACAGGUGGAUACAAAUGCGAGUGUAAACAGGGCUUUGAGUACCCAUUCGAGGAUCUCAUUACGUACUAUGACGGACAAUUGGUGGAGGCCGAAUUUGGUAACAUUAUUGAUAACAAUGCGACGAGGUACGAUAUGUUCAAGUGUCGAUUAGCGGGUGCUUCGUCGAUUCAAGCCAGUUGGGUUCUACUGUUAUCAAUCAUGAUAAUAUUUUUCCCUCUUCAAAGAAGAUGAAUGCGGGGUGACUUUAGUAAUUUGUAAGGCAAAGUAUCGAUAGUCGUAUUUCUAUACUAGCAACUAUAACUUUUGCCGUCCUUCAUACCGUCCAUUACAAGCACAAGAUAUAGCGUCUUGAAGAAAUGAAUAAAAAGAGUCAUACGAAUUGGAUUAUUCAGUAAAGUUUCCUGCAUGUGACGAUGAGUGUACAUAAAAUAAUAAGUUCAGAAUUUUUUUAUAACUUUAUAUAUUACAUAUGUAAUUUAUACUGAGCUUGACUUGUGCUAUAAACACAAUUGUAUAAGUACCUUUUUGAAAUUUUACCAUGAUACAGCAUUGAGAGAAUGAGAUUAAUAUAUUCGUCUUUUUUCUCGUUCGACCGUAAUUAUAAUUAUAUUAAUGACAUUAUAUAUGAAGAUCUGAUAGUUGUACAAUUGAUGCUCUAAUCCGUCCUAUAAUAGAUUGUAUUAUUGGGUUGGCAACCAAGUGAUUGCGGAUUUUAAAUAAGAAUGAAAAAUCAAAAUUUUAAAUUUGC